AUGCCUCGGCGUACCGCAGCGGAGCAGCGUAAAGUGGACCGGAAGGUGGCGAAGACCGCGGAAGAGGCCGCGGAGUGCAAGCGGCUCAAGGACGCACACGACGAUUUCAAGAACUCCGACGCGGCGCCCGGGCCGCACCGCGACAAGAAACUCAAGAAGCUCUACGACGACUGGUACGACUACUACGCGGCCACCGGCAACGGCAAGCGGCAGAUCAAGCGCGAGGCGCAGAACUCGCUGAGCAACAACCUCCACAAGAAGCUCGAGGCCGCGCGCGCCGACGACACGCUCCGGGAGACGACGAAGAAGCAGAAGGUCGACGAGCUCGCGGCGCAGGCGGCCGCCGCGAAGGCGAAGACGCACGCGGCGGAGGAGAGCGCCCGCAACGACGCCAAGCGCCAGAAAGUCAUCGACCUCCGCGAGGACGCGCGCGCGGUCGCCGCCGACGCGAGUUUGAAGCCGUCGACGCAGAAGCGGAAGCUCUCCGCGCUCGCGAAGCAGGUGGCCGCCGCGGAGGAGGACACGCACGCGGCGCAGCAGCGGCGCCAGCGCCUCGCCGCCUACGCGACGCACCAGGAGCUCGCGGAUGAGCUCGCGGUGCUCCUCGACGACGAGGACGCGGACGAGGACGACGUCGCGGACCUCACGGCGCGCGUCCAGGCCGCGGAGGAGGACACGCCCGCGGCGCGGUCGCGGCGCCAGCGCCUCGCCGCCUACGCGGCGCACAAGGCGCUCGCGGAUGAGCUCGCGGUGCUCCUCGACGACGAGGACGCGGACGAGGACGACGUCGCGGACCUCACGGCGCGCGUCCAGGCCGCGGAGGAGGACACGCCCGCGGCGCUGUCGCGGCGCCAGCGCCUCGCCGCCUACGCGGCGCACAAGGCGCUCGCGGAUGAGCUCGCGGUGCUCCUCGACGACGAGGACGCGGACGAGGACGACGUCGCGGACCUCACGGCGCGCGUCCAGGCCGCGGAGGAGGACACGCCCGCGGCGCUGUCGCGGCGCCAGCGCCUCGCCGCCUACGCGGCGCACAAGGCGCUCGCGGAUGAGCUCGCGGUGCUCCUCGACGACGAGGACGCGGACGAGGACGACGUCGCGGACCUCACGGCGCGCGUCCAGGCCGCGUGGCUCAAGACCGGCGCGGGGUACAGCGCCGCGCGCCGCUUGGCGGACCUCGAGGCGGAGAUCCGCGCCUCCGCCGCGACGGGCAAGGUGCCGCCGGGCAAGAUCCUGGAGCGCGCGCGCGCCAUCGCGCGCGCCGUCGUCGACUACUCGCUCCAGGAGAUCCGCGCCGGCCGCCGCGUGUCCAUCGGCAACGCGCGGUUCGGGCGCAUCCUCGAGGAGGCCAAGCGCGUGCCGCGGCGCGAGGGCUUCGCGGUCAAGGGCCCGCGCGGCGGCACGCUGCCCUGGAGCCGCUUCUCUUUGAAGCUGUUCCCGCGCGUCGCGGAGACGGUCGUCGGGAACGUCGCCGAGAAGUACGCGCACAACAUGCUCGCGAACCACGAGGCCGUCACGCUCGACGACUUCGCGUACGACAACUUCGGCUCCGGCGGCGUCCACCACGACGAGGAGCUGGGCGACACGGGCCUCUACGUGCUCUCCCUGGAGCCCCGCGCGACGGACACGACGCGGCCGUCGCGCUACAUCCUGGGCCGCGAGGUCGAGUUCAGCGACGAGUUCGAGGCGGAGCUCGCGGCGGGGCGGUCGCCCGCGGGCAUGCCGACGUCGGCGCGGAAGGACGACCUCGACGUCUACAUGCAGGACUUCUCGGCCACGGGGAGCCCGGUCUACCGCGUCUACACGCGCGGCACGUGGGCCGUCUUCACGUACAAGAAGAAGCCCGACUCGCCCUUCAACGGCCUCCAGAAGUUCAAGUGGGGCUCGUCGGCCGUCGCGCGCGCCAAGGCCCAGGCGAAGAUCGACGAGAAGUCCGUCAAGGGCAACUACGUCGUCGUCGGCUCGGACAGCUGGGUCUAG